CGUGGCAUUCGAUUGUCGUCGCUCGAGAGGAUAGGUGCCCAGCUUCGAAAAGGAUAAAACCCCGCAAAGGACUCUAAGUAAAAGUGAAACUUUAAAGCCAAAGAGCACACACACAUACACAUACACGCGCACACGUUGCAUACAGUUUGGCGCGAGUGUGGGUUACUGCUGGCGGUACGCCAGUGUGUGUGUGUGAGUUGGCCAAGUGGAUUUCUAUUUUUGGCCCAUUAAGAAGUCAACUCGUGAAGUGCAGUGGUGUUAAAUUCGUUGCUAUUUGAAAGGACUCAUCGGGUUGCUUAACAAACGAAAACAAAACAACGCCGAAACUCUGGCAAUCGCAAUCUGAUCCUUGGACAUGUGGAGCAGGCAGCGAAUGCGCCAUAAGCCGCUUUGGGCCCUAAUAUCCUUGACCGUUUUGCUGCUGGUCCUGGACAAAAGCAAUGCCAACACGGAGCCCGUCGAGACCAGCACCACAUCCGAGCCAGAUGCCUCGCCAGGCUGUCGGGCGCCGGAUGUGCGCUUCACGAUUGUCAAGCCGGAAGCGACGACGGAGCAGCCGCUGGCCAAAUUCGAGACCACGCAGAUCUACCUGCCGGAGGACUUCACCACGGCGGAUGUGGAGUUCGUGGACUCGGUGCCGCGUCACCCCAACGAAAACCAUGCGGCCGUAAUCAAUCCGUACUCGCUGGACCUGGGCGACGACCACUUGCAUGUGGGCGAUGCGGCCGCCAGUUUGGUUGGCGACGAUGAUCUGGGUGACGAGGACGAGGACCACCACGGGGACCCGGAGGAUAAGCGCUUAAAUGCCAAUCGCAAGCAGGGCAAACGAAGGCGCGCGGGCUCAGGCCGUCGGCGGAGGAUUGAGAAUGAAAAUGGACAGACAGGCAGGGGUCGUGGCAGUCGAUAUAAGCGGCAUGCCAUUCUCCAUGACACGGAAGCCUCACCGGAAACGGAUCGCUGGGCGGGCAGCAAGCUGGCAGCCGAAGGGGAUGUGUACUAUGUCCACAUAGCCGAUAUCCUGAAGAGCCGUGAGCCAAAUCGUGAAUUGAAAUCGAAGCUGCACAAGCUCAAAAUGAAGGCCAGACUGAACAAGUGCCUGGCGGAAGGUGGCAAGGAGAAGUGCACAAGGCUCCUCAAGAAGAAGCCCAAGAAGAAGGUCGUCGAGAAGGAGCAGACCCUGAAGAAGGAGAAGAAGUUCCCCAAAGAAGAACAGUCCAAGGAAAAGGUACCCGAGAACGGACAAACACCAAAGGAGGACGAACUGGAACUGGACCAUCCGGAGACCGCUGCUGCUCAUCACCGCCGCCGCGGGGACAGUCACGCUGCAGAGCUCGACCAGCGUGACCGGAGCCCGCGAUGGCGCCGCCGGCGCAGCACCGAGUUCAAGGGCGAUCUCGGCCAGCUGCCACCGGAGUCCGGAAUCGGGCCGGAGCCGGAACCGCUAGCGGAUCAGGAUCUAAAGGAUCUUCAGCAGUACGGAAAUCAGUCGAGCAGUGCACGAGUGGCCCUGUUGUGGCAACGUGUUAAGCGCAAGUCCGGCAAGACCACGGGUGCACUGAGCCGUCCGAAGGGUGGUGGCGACUCCAGCUCCAAGACCACCAGUCGCAAGGACAAGGGUAUCUACGACGAGGAGGCUGGCUACACGCCCAUCCAUCCAGAUGACCCGGAGUUCGACGAGGAGGAGGAGGAGGACGAGGAGGUCGACAUCCUGCAGCAGUUCACCGAAGUGUCGGAGAUUCGCUUCCCGGGCGAAAUCGGACCCAUGGGCGAUCGGCGGCUAUGCAAGAUCCGUUGCGUCAAGGGCAAGUGGGUGGGUCCGUUGUGCGCCACCAACGAGGAGGACGAUAAUGGGAAUGUGAAGUUUCAGCCGCUCUACAAGAGCUGUCACGUAAACCGGAUACCAUCGCACUUGCUGCUCAGCUACCGCAACAUUUCAGUGACACCGAUCCCACCAAAUCGCGGCUGGCGUAAAACGCGAUUAUCCAAAUCGACACUUCUCUCAAAUACAGAAAUUAAUGUGGGAUGGGAUCUGCCGCACGGACACUCUCUGCAGGCACGCUGCCAGGAGCUGGGCAUCUACAAGCUCCUGGGAGAGUCGAGGGUCCUCUGCUCCAACGGCCUGUGGGCACCGCGGAUGCCCAGCUGCGUCCCCACCACGGUGCUGACCAACUACUCGGAGGACAGCGCCCCAUCGAUCCGCAUCAAGAUCUUCAAUGGCUCCCACUCCUUUGAGCCAUCCGGCGUCAUGGCCGUUCCGCCGCACAGCACAGUGCUCAUGGACUGCAUGUAUCCGAGGGUUAGGGGCACUCCGGAAUGGAGCUGGACCAGCUGGUACAUGCAGUAUUCUACAGGAUGGUCUCCAGCCCAGGAGGAGAAAGCGGUGCGCUACCGGCUGAGCAUCAAGAAUAUCGAGAACAACGACUCCGGCACCUUCACCUGCACCUCGCCGCGCGGACUGACCAACAGCAUUGCCGUCGUGGUGGCCACUUCGACGUGUCCGCAGCUAACAGAGCCGCUGGCGCCGCUCAAGCUGCGCCUCGAGGGCAAUAAGCUGGGCCAGCGGGCGCACUACGAGUGCCCCGAGGGCUUCCGGCUCGACGGCGCCUGGAACGCCACCUGCCUGGCCUCCGGCAAUUGGUCAUCGCCGACGCCGACCUGCCAUGCCAUUCAGUGUCCACGUCUGGAGCUGGACGACCCGCACCUCAGCCUGAUCGAGCUGAACACCUCGGCAUGGGGGCGGGCGGUGUUCAAAUGCCAGUGGGGCUUCAAGCUGACCGGACCGGCGCAGCUGGACUGUGAGCCGUCGGGCGUCUGGAGUGGCCCCGUUCCGCGUUGCAAAGUCAUUCAGUGCGUGAUGCCAGUGGCGCCGCUCAACGGGCGCAUCGGGGGCACCAGCCUGAGCCAGAGGCGCCUCACCGUGGGCGCCCUGGUCACGUUUAGCUGCAACGACGGGCACAGCCUGGUGGGCGAGUCGAGCAUCAUCUGCACGGAGAACGGACAGUGGUCGCACUCGCCGCCAUUUUGUAAGUAGACUCGCUACUCACUCACACACUCACUGACAUAGACACGUAUAUGUAUAUGCGUGCGCUGCGAGAGAUUGCCGGCGCACCGCACCGCUCCACCGUUCCACCGAUCCUCCUCCUCCUCGUGGGCCCGCUCACAGAUCAACCCAAUUAAUGACUCUUGUGUUGUAUUUCCGCCGAACAAACGACCGAUUUCGAUACCGAUCACGAAUCAUCAUUAACAUACCUGAUACCUGAAACCUGAAACCACCUGAUACAAUCCGUACACGCACGCAUGACAUGCCCACUGACCAUCCACGAUCUCAGGCAAAUCGCAGUGCCCCUAUCCCGGCGAUCCGCCCAACGGGCUGAUAGCGCCGCUCAAGUUCAACUACGACGCCGGAGACUACCUGAGCGUCCAGUGCCGGCCCGGAUUUGUCCAGAGUUACGAGGGUCCACCCGAGCGGCCCAAAUGCCAGCCGGAUGGCCGGUGGUCCGGUCCGAUGCCGAAGUGCAAGAGCUACGAGGAGGUGUAACCUCCAGGACCACCAGAGAUUGAAGCCAAGGGCCAAGGAUUCGCCGCCAAGUCAGCAUUACGGGUCCUCCAUCUGAGCGGAUGCUGUAAUUCCGAAUGCAGAUCGAAACCGAGUGAUAUUUAGAUUAACUUAGUGAGAGGUAUCAAAAUUAAUAGAUAUUUUAUCAGAUAGGUUCAAUUCAAAUCAUUGUCUUUCUGUGGCCCACGAAUCUUUCAAGAACUCUCCUUUUGAAACUAUGUAUGUAUGUACUCUAAACAGAUCAAGUUGAUCUUGCACACUCUACAGAUAUUUGUUCUUCAGAUUGAAUAAACUUUGCGCUUGCAUUUCAUUACGAAGUAUCCUUGUACUAACACUAACUAUUUAAUGAAAUAUAUAAUCAACAUCUGCGUACAGGUAUUUAUGUAUUACGUAUUCUGGUUGCAACUAAAAGUUACAUAAAUGUAAAUGUUUAAACGAAAGCAAGCGAAAAUCUUACCCACAGUGCGAAUAAAAACCAAGAAAAAGCAUAUAGAUAUAUUAUAUAUAUAUAUACAGAUUAACGAUUCUAUUCCACCAUAUAAAUGUAUUACACUGACAGAAAUGCGGAUUGCAGCAGCAGUUGUUGGACGAGUGUUGAUUAGUUAGGAGCUAAGAAAUGCCAAGCUAAGUGGCCCUUUAAAGUCAUAUCCAUAAACGAUUCCUUGAGAGGCAGAGGAGCACACAUAUGUAGGUAUUGCAUAGUGUAUUGUAGGCAGCUGCAAUCUUUGUGUAAAGUAAAGACCGUUUUAAAUAAAAUACGAUAUUGUGUAAAAUGC